GUGGGCCCUGGCAAGUGCACUCCUUGGCCAAUCAGCAGGCUGCCCAGCCGGUGGAUUCAGUUACAAGCCCCAGAUCACCCCAUACUCCAGCCUCCUUCCUUCUCCUCCCAAACCUCCAUUCAUUGGCCCUGCUGCACUGGCUCGGCUGGGCGCCGUUUCCACUCAGCUGCUGAGCUUCUGCCCCGUGGGUAGGCUUCCCGGGGGCUUUGUCUGAUUGGGCUAGGCCAGGGUGGAAUGGGGGUUCUGGUGGUGCUGUUGGAGGUGCUGAACUUCCUGGGGGUGGCUCUGGGGAGCCUCCCUGCCCUCCACUGGGACAGCACCUCCUGCCACUUGGCCAACCCCAUCUCUGGCAGCCCCUUGGGGUCCCUUAGCUUCCUGGGUAAGGAUGCACAGGGCCUGGCCCUGUUCCAUGCCCGCUGGGAUGGGCACGGGAAGCUGCAGGUGUGCAGCCAGGAGGAUGAGCCAGAGCUCACUGCAGCCUUCGGUGCCCUUUGUGCUGAUGAGAUCACCCGGGGCUCCUUCAUCCACACCCCUGGACCUGAGCUGCAGAGAGCCCUGGCCAGCCUUCAGAGUCAGUGGGAGGCCUGCCGAGGGUCUGCCAAGAGUCCAGCAGGGGCCAGAGAGAAGCGAGCAGCAGGGCAGAGUGGCACAUCUGGCAUAGGGCACCAGCGGGUGAAGAGGGGCUGGACCAUGCCUGGCACACUGUGGUGUGGAGUCGGGGACUCCGCCGGGAACUCAUCGGAACUGGGGGUCUUCCAGGGCCCAGAUCUCUGUUGCCGGGAACACGACCACUGCCCACAGAACGUCUCGCCCUUCCAGUACAACUAUGGCAUCCGAAACUACCAAUUCCACACAGUCUCCCACUGUGACUGUGAUGCCAGAUUCCAGCAGUGCCUGCAGAACCAGCAGGACUCCAUCUCCGACAUCGUGGGCAUGGCCUUCUUCAACGUGCUGGCGAUCCCUUGCUUCGUGCUGGAGGAGCAGGAGGCCUGUGUGGCGUGGUACUGGUGGGGUGGGUGUAGAACGUAUGGCUCUGUAACUCUCGCUCGCCUCCAGCCCAGUACCAUCUACAAUGCCUCCUGGAGCUCCUCUACCACCCCCUUGACCCCCAGCACCCAGAACCCAGCCCCCAGCAAGCCUCGGCGGAUGCAGCGGGAAGAGUCCAAGCACCCCAGAAAAGCCAACACCACAGCCCUUCAGGCCCCUGUGACCUCGCCUGGGCCUGAUAUGGCACCUAUGGCCCAGCUGAAGGUCACACAUACAGGCCUCCAGGAACCAUGGCAGGGCUUAAAACCUCAGGGUGCCCACCAGGCCUGCCGUGGCUUCCGCCGUUUGGACCAGUGUGAGCACCAGAUCGGGCCCCAGAAGACCAAAUUCCAGCUCUUCAAUAGUGCCCAUGAACCCCUCUUCCACUGCAACUGCACACGCCGCCUGGCACACUUCCUGAGGCUCCACAGCCCACCCGCAGGUGCCAGUGUGCUUUGGGAGCUGCUGGGCAUGACUUGUUUCAAGCUGGUCCUGCCACCCGACUGUGCUGAGGGCAAAGGCUGUUCCAGGUACCUUAGGGCCAUCAAGGUGUCAACUCGGCACUUGCAGCGACUUCAGCAGAGGUGGGUUCAGCUCCAGGGUACAGGCACAGACAACGGGCAGGCAUGGUCUUCAGAGCACCCAAGGGCCCCCGUGUCAUUGCAUGACCGGUGCCUGCAGCUGACCCAGGCAGCCAGAGGAUCUGAGGGGCAGCUCAAAUCCCAGAACCAGUGACCUCAGUUCCAGCUCUCCUGGGUCCCAGACUGGACCUCACCUCUGGCUUUGCCAGGCCCUGGAGGUCUCGACCUCUCAUGUGUUAGACUGAAGCAUGGCAUGGGCUCUUGUGAACAGUCAGGAAGCUGUAUGGAGAGGGUAGGGGACCAAGGCCCAAAUGCUGGACCACGUUUCCUGCUCUGCUGGGUGAUCUUGGGCUGGUGAUGCAACCUCUCUGUGCUUGGAUAUGGUAUUCAGGAGGCUCAUUCUGCUGCCCUGGGCUGGGGCCUUCCCAGGGAACUUCACAUCCAGAUGGGAAUGGGGAGGGGAUAACUUAUUGCAGCAGCCACAGCAGGUACCAGGAGGAGGUACACAUAUGUCCACGUUGUGAAAUUAAUUCAUAUCUCAAGGACUUGCCCAGGGGGGGCUCAGUGCCUGCCUUCUGAGGCUGGGGGCAGCAGUGGGGAAUAAGGGCUGUCACAGAAGUACCUGUGUCUGAAUCCAGAAAGGGGUGCAGGGCUAGAGAGGGGCUUCCCAACUCCCCUCCUCCCCAGGGGACCCUUUCUCUUAACAGCUGCUAUGUCCUUUCUGGCCCAGCCCUGGCCCAUUCUUUCUGCCCGAAACCUAACUUCAGAUCUCCCCUGUGCCUUUGAGCAAGAGACCUCCUUCUCCUGCUCUGAGCCUUAGUUUCCUCCUCUGAAAAAGGGGAGUGUAAACAGGACCUACCUCAUAGGGUUGUUGAGGAUUAAAUGAACCAGUACCUGGACAGCACUUAGCACCUCGUUAAUGGCCCCUCCCUCCAACACACAGGCUAACUGGGCUUAGGCAUUUGAUUUACAAAGGCUACCAAAAUCUCUUGGAGGCCCGUUUACUCACCUGUGGAAUGGGGCUAAGAACUGUACUGAAAACACCACAAUUCCGGGUUGUGGUGCAGAUUAAAGGAGAUGGCAUGUGGAACGUGUACAGCUGGUGCC